AGGAGGAGAAGGCGAAGCGGGCGGCGGACUAGCCGGACGGGGAUGGGGACGGCCGCCGGCCUCCUCCUGGCCCUGGGCGCCGGCCUCCUCCUCCUCUGCCCAGGCUCCCAGGGAGGGGUCUACCAGCGGCAGCUGCUGAAGGGCCUGAUGGAGGACUACACCCCCUUGGAGAGGCCGGUGAGCGACGACGCGCAGCCCCUGACCGUCCACUUCACGCUCAGCCUCAUGCAGAUCAUGGACGUGGAUGAGAAGAACCAAGUCCUGACCACCAACGUCUGGCUCCAGAUGUACUGGUACGAUCACUACCUGCGGUGGAACGAGUCGGAAUACCCUGGUGUGAAGACCCUCCGCUUCUCUGCCGACCGGAUAUGGAAACCUGAUAUCCUACUGUACAACAGUGCCAACGAAAAAUUUGACUCCACUUUCCACACCAACAUCCUGGUCAACUCCAGCGGCUACUGCCAGUGGCUGCCCCCAGGCAUCUUGAAGAGCACCUGCCGAAUCGACGUCCGCUGGUUCCCCUUCGACACCCAGAAGUGCGAUCUCAAGUUUGGCUCUUGGACCUACGACGGUUGGCUGCUGGUCUUGCACAUGAUGGAGGCGGACACGUCGGGCUAUGUCGCCAACGGGGAGUGGGACCUCGUGGGUGUUCCCGGCAGCGAGAACAAAGUUUUCUACGAGUGUUGCUGGGAACCCUACCUGGACGUCACCUUUGCGGUGACCAUGCGUCGCCGGACCCUGUACUACGCCCUCAACAUGCUGGUGCCCUGCUUGCUCCUCUCGGCCAUGACCUUCCUCGUCUUCCUGCUCCCGGCCGACUCCGGGGAGAAGAUUUCUCUGGGCAUCACCGUCCUCCUGUCCCUCACCGUCUUCAUGCUGCUGGUGGCAGAGGUCAUGCCGGCCACAUCGGACUCCAUCCCGCUCAUCGGGCAGUACUUUGCCAGCACAAUGGGGAUGGUCGGGCUCUCGGUGGUCGCCACGGUCUUCGUGCUCCAGUACCAUCACCACGACCCCGACGGCGGCUGCAUGCCCAGAUGGGUGCAGGUGGUGGUGUUGCGUUGGGGCGCCUGGCUGCUGCGCAUGCGCCAACCCGGGGAGGAGACAGUGGGGCGGCCCCGCUGCGCCCCCAGCCUGCUGAGCUGCAGUUCCGACAACAGUGAAGGCAGCGCCACGCCGAAGCCACAAGGCACACCGGCCAUCGCCAACGGCAACCUCCCUUACAUGGGCAGCCCGGUGGCACCGCCGCCUGCCAAGCCUCCCAAGGUGCCGCGGCCCUUUCUCCCGUCGCCAGAGCUGCAGGCCUCCACCCCGGAGGAGCUCCUAAGCGCCCCCGAGCUCGGCCGCAUCCUGGAGGAACUACACUACGUGGCCCAGUGCUUCCGGGGGCGGGACGCCGCCCAGGCUACCUGCAGCCAGUGGAAGUUCGCCGCGGCCGUCAUCGACCGCCUCUUCCUGGUCACCUUCGCCCUCAUCCACAUCAUCUGCUCCAUCAGCAUCCUCAUGGCGGCCCCCAACUUUGCCGAAGCCAUCACGAAGGACUUCCUGUGAAGCCCCGGCUGUGGACUCCCCUGAAGUGACGUGACCCUGGCCUGCUGCUCCGGCAGCGGGACGGGCACGGCUCGAGACCCCUGCCGGCCAUGCCCGGCUUUGUUACAGGCAGUAGGCCUUGCAUGCGACGGUGUUACCAACCCGACGGAGACCCGCCUCUGAAGGCGAGCCGCCGAGCACCGCCCUCUGUCCGGCAUGCCGAAAGGGGUCCCGCCGCCUCCCCCGCAGUGCGCCCGCUCUCUUGCCCCCAUGGCCAGGCAGGGUUGCCAGCUCCAGGAU